UUCAUAUUAUUAUAUUAUUCAUUUUAAAUAAUAAUAUUAAUUAUAUGAUGCAUGAUAAGUGAUAACAGUGAUAAAUGAUAAUCCACUUCUUAUCAAUCACGUUAUCAAUCUUUCAAUUGGAGGCAAAAUCAUAAAUAAUUAUCUAUGGGCAAAAUAUUAAAUAAUGUAAACACGGUCUUAGAAGAUCUUUUAAGAUCGUGAAUGUAAAUAUCCAAUUUUUGGUAAUUUGGAGAAUUUUGUGAUAGCUGAGAAAAGAAUCGUGAUUGUAAGUUAUUGUAUCGUUAUUGUUAUAAUGUAUCUAAUUUUAGUUAAAAUUAUUAGUUUAUUCGAUAAGACGAUAACGCAUAAUCUUUAUUUAAACUAUUUCCAUUAGUUUUGAAUACAGUAAUAAAUUUUUUCCUGUCAGACAUAACUUAACAUGGAACAUUUUAUAAACACAAUUCAAUGUGACGUGGAAAUGCCUCUUCAAGUACACUAUUGAACUAAAUGAAGAUUUUUUCAGAAUAUUUAGUAAACAAUAAAUAGAUAAGUGAAGUUCAACUUAAAGUAAUUCAGAGUUAGAAGAUUAAACAUGUCAAGUUUAACUGACGAACAGCGUAAAAUGAUUGAAGCAAAUAAAAAAGCAGCUCAGGCAAAAUUAGCAGCAAAAUUGGCGCUUAGAAAUACACCUCAACAAGUUAUAAAUAAAAAUAAUCAAUGCACAUUAUCAGUAUCUGGAUUAUCUGUAUUUCCAUCGCCUAAUGUUAGGAGUACACCUCAACAAGUUAUAAAUAAUAAUAAUAAAUGCACAUUAUCAGUAUCUGGAUUAGUUGUAUCGCCAUCACCUAAUGGAAAAUUUAUCCGUUCAAAUUAUAAUAAAAGUUCACAGAAUUCGCAAUCAAAACCUAUUCAUGGUACUUGUGAAAUUAUAUCAAAAGAACGGUUUACUUUACAUGUUGCUUAUCAUCAACAAUUAAUCGAUACUAUUAAAACAAUAUUAAGUAAAAAUUAUGAUCCCAAAACAUCAGAAUGGUCAUUCUUAAUAAAAUAUCAUGACCAGCUUAUGAUAAGUAUUAAACCUCUUGAGCCUCUUGUCAAAAUAGAAAAGUUACCGAAUUUUGUCUUAAAAUUGUUUAAAAAUAUUGAAGACACCGAAACACAUUAUUCAAAAACUGACAUAAGUAGUAUUGGAAAUGAUAUGCUGGAUAACCUUUAUCCAUUUCAAAAACUUGGAGUCCAGUUUGGAGUAUCAAAAAAAGGUCGCUGUAUUAUUGCAGAUGAUAUGGGCUUAGGAAAAACUAUACAAGCUAUAGCAAUUGUAAAAUAUUAUUCAGAUAAUUUUCCUUUACUUAUUGUUUGUCCUUCGAGUAUGAGGUACACAUGGGAAGAGGAAAUUCGUUUAAGAUUGCCAAAUGUUCCUGUAUCGAGUAUUUGUGUAUUAUCUAAGACUAAUGAACAAUUUAUUGAUCCAGCUGUUGUUAUUACUUCGUAUGAUUUAAUGACCAGAAAUAAAGAUAUGCUUUUAAAGUUUAAAUUUGGAAUUAUUGUAUUUGAUGAAAGCCACAGUUUAAAAAGUGAUAAAUCUGCCCGGACAAAAGUAGCACUUUCUUUAGCGAUGCAAAGUAAGCAGUGUAUAUUGUUAAGUGGUACUCCUGCUUUGUCAAGACCUAUUGAACUUUAUUGUCAGAUUAAAGCAAUAACACGAAAUAACUUUAUAACUCCAAUUGAGUAUGGUGUUCGCUACUGCAAUGGACGAGAAACAAAUUUUGGUUGGGACUUUUCAGGUUCUAGUAAUAUGAAAGAGUUAAAAAUUAUUCUAGAAACACAUUUUAUGAUUCGUCGUCUAAAAAGUGAAGUAUUAAAACAGUUACCGCAAAAAAUUAGGAAUGUAGUAGUCUUAAAACCAGAAAAUAUCAAAGCUCGUACUCAAAACAUGGAUGACUUGGAAGUCAUGAUGACAAAUACGUCUCUCAAGAAAACAGAAGUUCGUGGUGCUUUAUUAAAAUAUUUUAAUCAAACUGGAGAGGUAAAAUUGCCUGCUAUUUGUGAUUACAUUCUAAAUUUGCUUAAAGAAGGAAAAAAGUUUUUGGUAUUUGCUCAUCAUCAAAAAGUUAUUAAUGGUAUAUGUGAUGUUCUAGAGAACAAUGAGACUUAUUAUAUUCGAAUUGAUGGUAAAACAUCAUCAGAAGAAAGAAAAAGUGUGUGUGAUCAAUUCCAAAGUGAAGAUAUGUAUAGGGUAGCUGUUCUUUCAAUUUGUGCAGCUAAUUCUGGUAUUACAUUAACUGCAGCAAAACUUGUUAUAUUUGCUGAACUUUACUGGAAUCCCGGUAUUUUAACACAAGCUGAAGAUCGUGCUCAUCGUAUUGGUCAAGCAGAAGCAGUUACUAUACAAUAUCUUUUGGCAAAAGGUACGGCAGAUGAUCAUAUUUGGCCAUUGAUUCAGUUCAAAUUAAAUGUUUUAAAUAAAGCCGGUCUCAGUAAAGAUAAUUUUAAAGAUGACAGUACUACAGUUAUUAACUGUUCGGCUAAAUCAAACCAAAUGAGCAUUCUCGAUUUCUUAAAUGACGAGGAUUCUGAACUAGAUGAAAAUGAUUUAAAAUUUUUGGAUGAAGUUGAAGAAUCUCAAUGCAAACGUCCACGCAAAUGUUAAGUUAUGUAUGUACCUACUGUAAUGAAAACUCUUUUAAUUUUAUAUGAUAAUAAAUUUUUGUAUCACAGUAAAUAAAGAAUUAGUUAUAAUUUUUCACUAAACGUUGAAUAUGUAUGUAUAAAAUGAAUUUACUUACCCAAUGAAUAAAAAUAAUUUUAGUUAA